UCCUCCGCCUCCGCCCUCCGCCCUCCGCCUUCCGCCGCCGUCGCUUGAAUGGUGGAGCCGCGGCUGAGGCCCGGCCAAGCCCCAGUGACAGCUUCCCGGGAGGGCGGGCGGCGGCCGCGGUUCCCGCUUCGGCCCGGGCGGCGGCGAGCGUCGCGCGGGCGGCCCCGGAGCGGCCGAGCAACAUGUCUCGCGAGCGCAAGGGCCUGUCGGAGCUGCGGUCGGAGCUCUACUUCCUCAUCGCCCGCUUCCUGGAGGACGGCCCGUGCCAGCAGGCGGCUCAGGUGCUGAUCCGCGAGGUGGCCGAGAAGGAGCUGCUGCCCCGGCGCACCGACUGGACGGGCCGAGAGCACCCCAGGACCUACCAGAAUCUGGUAAAGUAUUAUCGACACUUAGCACCUGAUCAUUUGCUGCAAAUAUGUCAUCGAUUAGGACCACUUCUCGAACAAGAAAUUCCACAGAGUGUUCCUGGAGUACAAACUUUGUUAGGAGCUGGAAGGCAGUCCUUGCUUCGCACAAAUAAAAGUUGUAAACAUGUUGUGUGGAAAGGAUCUGCUCUUGCGGCAUUACACUGUGGAAGACCACCUGAGUUGCCAAUUAAUUAUGGUAGCCCCCCUAGUAUUGCUGAUACUUUGUUUUCAAGGAAGUUGAAUGGGAAAUACAGGCUUGAAAGACUUGUCCCAACAGCAGUUUAUCAGCACAUGAAAAUGCACAAAAGAAUUCUAGGACACUUAUCAUCUGUGUACUGUGUAACUUUUGAUCGAACUGGCCGACGAAUAUUUACUGGUUCUGAUGACUGUCUUGUAAAAAUCUGGGCAACAGAUGAUGGGAGAUUAUUAGCUACUUUAAGAGGACAUGCUGCUGAAAUAUCAGACAUGGCAGUGAACUAUGAGAAUACCAUGAUAGCAGCUGGAAGCUGUGAUAAAAUGAUCAGAGUCUGGUGUCUUCGAACAUGUGCACCUUUGGCUGUUCUUCAGGGCCAUAGUGCAUCUAUAACUUCACUUCAGUUCUCACCGUUGUGCAGUGGAUCAAAGAGAUACUUAUCCUCUACUGGAGCAGAUGGCACUAUUUGUUUUUGGCUAUGGGAUGCUGGAACUCUUAAAAUAAAUUCAAGACCUACAAAAUUUACAGAGCGUCCUCGACCUGGAGUUCAAAUGAUCUGUUCUUCAUUUAGUGCUGGUGGAAUGUUUCUGGCCACAGGAAGCACAGAUCAUAUUAUUAGAGUUUAUUUUUUUGGAGCAGGCCAACCAGAAAAAAUAUCAGAAUUGGAAUGCCAUACUGACAAGGUUGACAGUAUCCAGUUUUCCAACACUAGUAACAGGUUUGUAAGUGGAAGUCGUGAUGGAACUGCACGUAUUUGGCAUUUUAAACGAAGAGAAUGGAAGAGCAUUUUGUUGGAUAUGGCUACCCGUCCAGCAGGCCAAAAUCUUCAAGGAGUAGAAGAUAAGAUCACAAAAAUGAAAGUCACAAUGGUAGCAUGGGAUCGACAUGACAAUACAGUUAUAACUGCAGUUAAUAACAUGACUCUGAAAGUUUGGAAUUCUUAUACUGGUCAACUAAUUCAUGUCCUCAUGGGUCAUGAAGAUGAGGUGUUUGUUCUUGAACCACACCCAUUUGAUCCAAGAGUUCUCUUUUCUGCUGGUCAUGAUGGAAAUGUCAUAGUGUGGGAUCUUGCAAGAGGAGUCAAAAUUCGAUCUUAUUUCAAUAUACUGAACCAAGUUUUAAGUCAGCAAGCAAUUCAGGAAAUGAGCCCAUUAGACAGCAUGAUCCAACGACUACAACAGGAGCAAGACUUAAGACGUUCUGGUGAAGCAGGUAUCAAUAAUCCCAGCCAUUUAAGUAGAGGCUCUGUAAGUUCUACCUCAGAGGUCCAUUCACCACCAAAUGUUGGACUAAGGCGUAGUGGACAAAUUGAAGGUGUACGACAAAUGCAUAGCAAUGCACCAAGAAGUGAAAUAGCCACUGAACGGGAUCUAGUAGCUUGGAGUCGAAGAGUGGUAGUACCUGAACUGUCAGCUGGUGUAGCCAGUCGGCAAGAAGAUUGGAGAACUGCAAAGGGAGAAGAAGAAGUAAAGACAUAUAGGUCAGAAGAGAAAAGGAAACACUUUACUAUUUCAAAAGAAAAUAAAAUACCCACUGUUUCAAAGAAUCAUGCUCAUGAGAAUUUCCUGGAUAUUGGAGAAUCCAAAAAGCAACAGUCAAAUCAACACAAUUACCGUACAAGAUCUGCAUUGGAAGAGACACUUAGACCUUCAGAAGAGAUAGAAAGUGACACUAGUUCUUCAGAUGAAGGUGAAGUUGUUGCUAUCAGUGGCGGAACAUCAGAAGAGGAAGAAAGAGCAUGGCAUAGUGAUGGCAGUUCUAGUGACUACUCCAGUGAUUAUUCUGACUGGACAGCAGAUGCAGGGAUUAAUCUGCAACCACCAAAGAAAGUUCCUAAGCAUAAAGCCAAGAAAGCAGAAAGCAGUUCAGAUGAAGAAGAUGAAAAGCAGAAGCAAAAACAGAUCAAAAAAGAAAGGAAAAAAAUUAAUGAAGAAAAAGAUGGACAGAUAUCACCAAAGAAAAAGAAGCCCAAAGAAAGAAAACAGAAGAGAUUGGCUGUAGGAGAACUAACCGAAAAUGGCUUGACACUAGAAGAAUGGUUACCUUCAACUUGGAUUACAGAUACUAUUCCCCGAAGAUGCCCAUUUGUGCCACAGAUGGGUGAUGAGGUUUAUUAUUUCCGACAGGGACAUGAAGCGUAUGUUGAAAUGGCCCGGAAAAAUAAAAUUUAUAAUAUUAAUCCAAAAAAACAGCCAUGGCAUAAAAUGGAACUACGGGAACAAGAACUAAUGAAAAUAGUUGGCAUAAAAUAUGAAGUGGGACUGCCUACUCUAUGCUGCCUUAAACUUGCUUUUCUAGAUCCUGAUACUGGUAAACUGACAGGCGGAUCAUUUACCAUGAAAUACCAUGAUAUGCCUGAUGUUAUAGAUUUCCUAGUCUUGAGACAACAAUUUGACGAUGCAAAAUAUAGGCGGUGGAAUAUAGGUGACCGUUUCAGAUCAGUCAUAGAUGAUGCCUGGUGGUUUGGAACAAUUGAAAGCCAGGAACCUCUUCAACCUGACUACCCUGAUAGUUUGUUUCAGUGCUAUAAUGUUUGCUGGGACAAUGGAGAUACAGAAAAGAUGAGCCCUUGGGAUAUGGAGCUUAUACCUAAUAAUGCUGUAUUUCCUGAAGAACUAGGUACCAGUGUUCCUUUAACUGAUGUUGAAUGUAGAUCACUGAUCUAUAAACCUCUUGAUGGAGAAUGGGGGUCCAAUCCUAGGGAUGAAGAAUGUGAAAGAAUUAUCACAGGAAUAAACCAGUUGAUGACAUUAGAUAUUGCUUCAGCAUUUGUCGCCCCUGUGGAUCUGCAAGCCUAUCCCAUGUAUUGCACUGUAGUAGCAUAUCCAACAGAUUUAAGUACGAUUAAACAAAGACUGGAAAACAGAAAAAAAAAAAAAAAAAAAAAAAUAUGCUAUCCCUUAACAUAA